AUGAGCGAUACGGAAGUACCUGUCAUCGCCAAUCCUGAGAUAUCGCCGCCGCAGGUGGUUAUCGUUGUAGGAUGGCUAGUGGUGGCAGCUAUGGUUGUUGCAGUUGGCACUCGGUUGGCCACGAAGUUAUCGAUGAAGAGGCUACUGGGGAUAGAUGACUACCUGAUUAUCGCUGCAACGAUAAUAGGGGUCGGCCAGAUGGCUGUGACUUUCAUGCAAGCACAGUUCGCUCUUCGAGGUCUAGAGAUUGGGGACAACUUCGAGCAAUUUGAAAAGACAUAUUUCAGCUCUCAGCUUCUCUUUAUUCCGGUAAUUUGUAUCUCGAAGCUAUCCAUUCUGCACUCCUUGUUCCAAAUCACUCCUGUUCGAGAGCAUAAAGCGCCUAUAAUCAUCUUUGCGGCUUUCGUAGGAAUGAUUCUGGUAGCAUUCGAAUUUGCCACAGCAUUCCAGUGUUUUGAGCCUCGAUGGGCAGUGCAGAGUGGCCAAUGCAUCAAACAGACCCUCUACUGGCAGAUAUUCGGUGUGUUCGAUAUUCUAACAGAUGUUUUCAUCUGCAUAUUCCCUAUCUACAUUGUUUCCACGCUCCAGAUGGGACUAAAGUUUAAAAUCGUGGUAGCCGGAGUCUUCGUUACUCGCAUUGCUGCUAUCGCUGCCUCUUCCUGUCGCUUGGUGUAUAUCAGUCGCAGUCAUGUCAAUGUCGAGGUCGACGCAUUCGCAUUCUGGGCCUCGGUCCUUAACACUGAGGUCGAACAAGGGCUGUCAGUCAUCACCGCCUGUGUACCCUUUCUAAAGCCAUUCUUCGAAUCCUUAGAAACUGGCAUGAUGGCGCCGAGUCAUGGACUCACAACAAUGAACGGAGCAUACGGAUCAGGAUCUGGGAGCCGAAGCAAAAAGAGCCAGCUUAGCAACAACUCCUACAAGUUAAGGACGAACAUCGAGCAUGGCAUCAAUGUCAGCAGGCGUAUCUCCACCCAUUCAGAGGAUCACGAAGGUCUAAUCAAGGAGGAGACUACAACAUGGAUCCGGCCUGUUCCUCCCCAUCAAGUCUGA